CCUUAAAUAGAGGCCACUUCUUCUGUCAUUCACAUUCAGCAACAAUGUGGGUGCCUUUGCUAACGCUUAUGUUUGCCCUUGCGGCGUGUCACCAGGUGCACCUUGCCCCAGAGUUUGUCAAUGGAAAAACCUCUGUCUACAAAUAUGAGGCCACUGUUAUGGGUGGCCUGCCUGAGGAGGGUCUGGCACGGGCUGGUGUAAAAAUCAGGAGCAAGGUCUUGAUCAGUGCAGCAUCUGUUGGCAUCUACAUCCUUAAGCUCGAAGACCCAGAAAUCCUUGAGUUCAGUGGCAUGUGGCCCAAAGAGGAUUUUGUCCCAGCUAGCAAGCUUACUGCAACCCUGACUGCUCAGCUCUUGAUACCCAUCAAGUUUGAGUAUACUAAAGGUGUUGUCGGAAAAGUGUUCGCUCCGCUUAGCCUCUCUGAAACUGUGCUGAAUCUCCAAAAAGCAAUCCUCAACAUUUUCCAGCUGAACAUCAAGACGUCUCAAACUGUGUAUGAUCUGCAAGAGAUUGGAACACAGGGUAUGUGCAAGACCCACUAUGUCAUCACUGAGGAAGAAAAGGCUGAACGCAUCCUGUUGACCAAGAGUAGGGACCUCAACCAGUGCCAGGAGAAAAUCAUGAAGGAUAUUGGCAUGAUAUACUCAAAGAGAUGUGUUGAAUGUGAGGCUAGAGGACAGAGCAUGAAGGGAGCUUCUGCUAUGAACUACAUCCUCAAGCGAUCAGGCGCCGGUGUUCUGAUCUUGAAUGCAUCUAGUUCAGAGAUCAUCCAGGUCUCGCCUUUCGACAUCCUGAACGGUGCUGCCCAGAUGGAGUCUAAGCAAUCCCUGAUCUACCAGGAUGUUCCGAAAGCCUCAUUAAGGCUCGCCGUAGGUCAAUAUCUUCACCGUGGAUCCCUGCAGUAUGAGUUUGGCAGCGAGCUUCUCCAGACACCCAUCCAGCUUCUGAAGAUCACCAAUAUCAAGGCUCAGAUUGUUGAGCUUCUGGAACACAUGGUGAUCCACAACGUGGACGUAGUCCACAAACAUGCCCCGCUGAAGUUCAUUGAGCUCCUCCAGCUACUGCGUGUGGCCAAAUCUGAUGUUUUGGAUUCCCUCUGGACUCAGUACAAAAAUAGACCUCAUUUCAGGCGCUGGAUCCUGAAUAUUUUCCCUUCCAUUGGUACUACUACUGCUCUGAGGUUCCUACAGGCGAAGUUCCUUGCUGGUGAACUGAAUCUUGUAGAAGCUUCUCUUGCGCUGAUGGCAUCUCUACACAGGGUGUCAGUUGACCUCGAGGCCAUGAAGCUUGUAGAGAACCUGUCUAAGGAGCAAAAGAUCCAAGAUAGCCCACUUCUCCGUGAGAUUGUCUUGCUGGGAUACGGCAGCCUGGUUGCUAAAUACUGUAUUGAGAACCCAUCCUGCCCCGCUGAGCUUGUGAAGCCUCUCCAUGAACGUCUUGUCCAGGCUCUUAGCAGCAAUGACAAUGAGAAGCUCAUUAAGACUCUCAAAGUCGUCGGAAAUGCUGGACAUCCUUCCAGUCUGAAGCCAAUCAGAAAGCUCUUUUCAGGUGCUAAUGAACAACUGCCACUCAGAGUUCACAUUGAAGCUGUUCUGGCCCUGAGGAACAUUGCUAAGAGGGAGCCCAAGCUGGUCCAGAAUAUGGCUAUUCAGCUGUUCAUGGAGAAGAAACUCAACCCAGAACUCCGUAUGGUUGCUGCACUUGUGUUGUUUGAGAGCCAGCUGCCCAUGGGUCUGGUGAUUACUCUUGCUGAUGCCGUCUUGAGAGAAAAAAAUCUGCAGAUCGCUAGCUUUGUCUACUCUUACAUGAAGUCUAUGACCAGGAACACAACUCCUUACUAUGUCUCUGUUGCUGCUGCCUGUAAUGUUGCCAUGAAGAUCCUCAGUCCCAAAUUGGACAGACUCAGCUAUCGCUUCAGCAGAAGUCUCUAUCUUGAUUAUUACCAAGAUGCCUGGAUGGCGGGUGCUGCUGCCAGCGCCUUCUAUAUUAACGAUGCUGCAACUGUUAUGCCAAGAGCCAUUGUGGCCAAAGCUCGCACCUAUCUGGCAGGAAGUUAUGCUGAUGUUAUUGAGGUUGGAGUGAGAACUGAGGGAAUACAGGAAGCCAUUCUAAAAAUCCAAGACGGUCCUGAUAAUGCUGACAGGCUGACCAAGAUGAAACAAGUUAUGAAGGCUCUUUCUGAGUGGAGGGCGCUACCUUCCAGCGAGCCCCUGGCCUCUGCGUACGUGAAGGUCUUUGGACAGGAAGUUGCAUUUGCCAACAUUGACAAAGCCCUUGUUAAUCAAAUUAUUGAGCUUGCCAGUGGAUCAGCAAUUCGUACUUUUGGCAAGAAGGCUUUAGAUGCUCUGCUGGCUGGUAUCAAAAGCCAUUACUCUAGUCCAUUCCUGAUUGCUGAGGUUCGUCGCAUCCUUCCCUCAUCCGUUGGUCUGCCCAUGGAGAUCAGUUUCUAUACUUCUGCUGUGCUUGCUGCAUCGAUUGAAUUGUCUGCAAGUGUGUCACCACCUCUGACUGCCGACACACGUGUUGCCCAGCUUCUGAAGUCUGAGAUAAGCGUUUUGGCUUCCAUGAACCCCAGUCUUGCCAUGCAUACCUAUGCCGUUAUGGGAGUGAAUACUGCAUGGAUCCAGGCUUCUCUGAUGAUGAGAGUCAGAGUUCACUCAACUGUUCCUGCAAAGAUAGAAGCAAGAAUUGACAUUCUGAAGGGCAACUUCAAGAUUGAGCUCCUUCCUAUUAAGACUACCACAAAGAUUUUCUCUGCAGCUGUUGAUACUUAUGCUCUUGCAAGAAAUGUGGAAGACCUCGAAUCUGCCAAAUACACACCAAUCAUUGCAGCUGCACCAAAAGCACAGUCAUCAAAGCCGAGCUCUAGGUUUUCACAGAUGGCAUCCGCUCUGUCUAACAGCAUGUCAGCAUCAUCUGAAGUCCUUCCCGGUGACCUGCCAAAUAACGAUUCCAGCGAACUGAGACGUCUCUCGGAUUUCCAGAAGAUAAUGUGUUCUGAAAGCAAAGCUUUUGGUAUCAAAUCAUGCACUGAGCUUAAGUCUAGCAACAUCGCCUUCAUCAGAAAUUGCACACUCUACACUUUCAUUGGAAAGCAUUCCAUAAUGACGGACGUUUCUCCAGCUGACGGGCCAGAAAUCGAGAAGAUUGAAAUUGAGGUUCAGUUGGGGGAAAAAGCAGCAGAUAAGAUCAUCAAAGUGAUUACCAGAAGUGGGGAGGAAGAACGUACUCAGGACAGGACCGUGCUGAGGAAACUUCAGACAUUCCUGUCACUUGAUUUAAAGAACAACACAUCAUCUUCAUCCAGCUCCAGCAGCUCUAGCAGCAGCAGCACUUCCUUUCAAUCAACCGUGUCCUCGUCUAGCUCCCAUAGUGGCAAUCCAUCGAACUCUUCCAGCAGUUCUUCCAGCUCCAGCUCAUCCAGCUCCAGGUCCAAUCAACAACUGUAUGAAAUGAAGUUUAUCAAGAACCACAUCAACCAGAAUGUUCGCUCCAAAGAACGUAGCAACAGCAAGUCCUCUAGCCAGAGCUUCGAGAAGAUCUUCAAUAAGGCCAAGUACCUCGCUGAUACCGUCGCUCCUGCUGUGACCAUUCUCAUACGUCCUCUGAGAGUCGACAAAACGGUCCAGGGAUACCAGAUUGCAGCUUACGUUGACAAAACUGAUGCCAGAGUGCAGAUCAUUUUUGCCAACCUGAAAGAGGGUGACAACUGGAGAAUCUGUGCCGAUGGUGUGAUUCUGAGCAACCACAAAGCAAAGGCUAAGAUUGCCUGGGGCAUUGAGUGCAAACAAUACGAUACUGAGAUCACAGCUGAGACUGGUCUUGUGGGUAAAGAUCCUGCAAUCCGCCUGAAGCUUACCUGGGAAAGACUUCCCAAGAGCAUGAAGCGCGUUGCAAAAAAGAUCUCUGAUUUCAUUUCCCGCGUCACAAAGUCAUGGGGAGUAAGCCAGGCAAAGGCCAAAAAUAUUCCUAGGGAGAUCAAACUGUCUGUGGCUGCUCCUUCUGAUAGAACCCUGAAUGUUGUUUUCAAGACACCAGAGAGGACAAUGUCUAUACUUGGCCUGAGUCUCCCUAUUUGUUUGCCAAUCGGAGACACUGCCAGCGAGCUGGAACCGUUCAAGGACAACUUGGCCGACAAGAUCUCCUACAUGCUCACCAAGGCUCAUUCAGCUGUGUGCUCCGUGCAAGAAGACAAGCUGGUCACAUUUAACAACAAUUCAUUUCCUCUUGUGGUGCCCCAGUCUUGUUUCCAGAUGUUGGUUCAGGAUUGCACCCUGCAACUUAAAUUUAUUGUUAUGCUGAGGAGGGAUGUAAAAAAGAAGCAGAACCAGAUCUAUAUCAAGAUCGAUAACCUUGACGUGCAUCUGUAUCCCGUGGAUGGUGCUAUCGUGGUCAAGAUUGUUGAAGGAAUAAUCACAUACAAUGACCUGCCAUAUCACCAUAGCAAUGGCGAAAUUCAUAUUCAACGGAUGGGUGACGGUGUCGCUCUCAUUGCUCCCAAAUAUGGUCUAAAUGAGGUCUACCUUGAUAUGAAAACACUGAGGGUAAAGGUUGUGGACUGGAUGAAAGGACAAACUUGUGGACUCUGUGGAAAGAGUGAUGGCGAAAUAGAACAGGACUUACAAACACCCAACCAGCGCCAGGUCGAUAACGCUGUCAGCUUCAUUCAUUCCUGGGUUUUGCCUGCAAAGAGCUGCCUUGAUGCCUCUGAGUGUUACAUGAGGCUUGAAUCUGUGAAACUGGAGAAGUCGGCGAUCGUUCAUGGCCAAGAGUCUAAAUGCUUCUCUGUUGAGCCUGUGCUGCGCUGCUUGCCUGGCUGCGAUGCAGUAAAGACCAUCAUUGUCGAUGUUGGCUACCACUGCCUGUCCGCUGACUCUACCGUGAGCCACGGACAACUCAACAACAUCUAUGAGAAGAGCAUUGACAUCAGGGGAGAACCUGUGGCCCAUCUGGCCUGUCGCUGUAAUGCCAAAUGUGCAUAAUCUCAUUGCCUUCAGUCAAUUUAGAACUUUAUUUCAUUCAAACAUUUCAUUGGUGAUUACCUUGUUGAACUGUACAUUUGACAUAUUGCUUGUGUAUUAUUUACAAUGGCAGUUACUAAAUGUUAAUAAAGCAAAUUGAAAAAAUCA